AAAAUUACUCCGUAUAAAAAGGGAAAGAGAGAGGGAAGAGAAACGUUUUCCUUCCAUUUCCCUUUCGAUUUUCCUCAAAGUUUGAAACACAACUCUGUCGACGGUACGCUCUGUCGUCGGCCAUUUGUCCUUCGAUGAAAUUAUGGAUUUCCAGCAAAAUAUGUGUGUGCAGCUAUUUAUGAAGGAUUAGGUCUGGAUUUUGCACUCUUUCUUUUGGUCGCUUCAUCUAAUUUAUCUGUAUAACUACGAGGUCUCUGGAAAGAGAAGACAAAGAAAAAUUGUUCAGCGGAGGAGGAGGUAAUUUCCUAGAAGGAGCCCAUGAGGCAGGCAGAUGAUUGAGCGAUUUGUAGAGUUAUUAGUCGGUAAUUUAUUUACUUACGGCAGACGGAGCAGAGGAAGAUGAAGGCUUGUGUUAAUCGGUCUUGUGCACGGACACGAAAGGAGGACACUGGAAUUGGUGAAUUGCCUGACGAAAUUCUUGUCCUCAUUCUGUCCCGCUUGACAGUUAAUGAAGCGGCCAGAACUAGUGUCCUCUCUCAUAGAUGGGAACAUCUCUGGAAAUAUUCCACCAGUAGUUUUGAUUUAAGGGCUCCAGAAGUUGGGUUUGGGUGGGAGGGUGGUUCUGGGUCGCAUCUUUCUCGUUUUAGUGGAAAGUCCAAUUACGUGAAUUGGGUGAACCGUGUAUUGGGAUCACAUAGGGGCCAGACUCUGGAUGAGUUUAGGGUCUUCUUUAAACUGGGAAAAAAUUACGAGGAGAUGAUCAGCUCGUGGAUUAACUUUGCAAUCAAAAAGCAAGUCCGGGUACUGGAGUUGGAUUUGGGAUUUGGGCGGGACAAUCAUCAUUUCACCUUCCCAUCGUGGUCUCAUCUUGGUUUUUCCAGCUUUAAAAACCUAUCAGCCCUCUAUUUGUCGCGCAUAGAUAUAACUGACCAAGUCAUUGCUGAUAUUUUAUCCAACUGCCCACUGCUUGAAGAACUAUCAGUGCGUUACUGUUCUACUCUUGUUGAUGUACAAGUCAACGCAGGGCCCAAUUCCAUCCUCAGUUUAAAGCACUUUGAGAUUUUCCGGUGUGGACCACUAAAAAGCAUUGAGAUCUCAGCUGUAAAUCUCAUCUCAUUCAAAUUUAUAGGUGCAAUGAUUUCCUUGUCUAUCAAGAAUGCUCCUAUUCUUGCUCAGCUGGAGAUUGGGGGAGACUAUUGUUAUGGUCUCAUUUCUGACCUUGGUGGGCUUCUGUUAGUCCACCCUUGCCAAUUAGAGAGGCUUGUUUUGGACCUCAACUGCAUGACACCGGUGGAUGCUAUGAAGGUGUUUCUCAGAGGAUUUGUUCAGUUCUGUAGAGUCAAGUAUUUGGAAUUGCGAGUGAGACUUAGGGAGCAGGAUGAGCAUAGCAUCCUAUUCCUCACUGUCAUGAUAGAGGCGUGCCCUUACUUGCAGAUAUUUAGGCUAGAGGUGACUAACUAUGCGAUGCGCCGUUUUCUAUAUGAAGAGCGCUCCAAAGAUUUGCCUGAUUUGUGGAGAAGGAUUUCACAAAGAAAGCCGACGAUGGAAGAUAUAAGGUCUUUUAGGGCGAUGGACUCAAACUUUCCACUGCCUUCAAGACACCACCACAACCAGAAUUUUUUGUAUCAGUGCCUUGAGACGGUGGAAUUAGUUGGCUUUUCUGGGCAUCCAGCUGAGCUUGAGCUUGCCAUAUACUUGUUAGAAAAUGCUGCUUUGCGCCUCCAAAGAAUAACUAUUGAUCCUCACCUCCAGCAUUUUGCCAGUGGUUUUAUGCUUGCAGAAAAAGUGCUAGCUGCUAGAGAAAGUGUGAAGCAAUUGGAAACAAAACUACCUUCAACAGCUAAAUUAGUGAUACUUUAAUAUAGCUUUGUAUUUAAGAUUAAAAAUUGUAUGGAUGCAUCAAUGGAUUCUGUAUUCGGUUUAUCUGAGGACCCUGAAUUCGUUGUAAUAUUUUGAGUGUUUUAUUGGCAAUUAAAUGAAGGCAAUUCUUGGCUUGUUUGUCA